AUGUGUGCCUGCCCCCAGCGCAGUCAAACGGUUUCGGAAUUCAUACUGGGUGUUGAUUUCGGAAGCACUCAUGCAUGCGCCAGGGUCUAUACUAUGGAUCUUAAGAUCAUCGGAUGUAGCAGCACUAAAGUAUCUCGGCUUGAAGGGUCUGAUGGUGCGUGCGAAUUGGAUCCAGAAGCUGUAUGGCAAUCCUUUUGCAAACUGUUGAACGAAGUUUUACAAGAUGCCAAAAUUCAUCCUGACCGGAUCAAAUGUAUCGGUAUUUCAGUUCAACGAAAUAGCCUUUUGUUAUGGGAUAAGAAGACAUCAAAUCCUCGAACUCGUGUCAUCACGUGGCAAGACACUCGUUCUUUGGAUCUCGCCAAAAAGUUGAAUCACUCUUUUAUCUUUCGUAGUAUGAAAACUGCUGGCCAUAUGCUAUACUGGAUGACACAUCGAUCAAGGUUUAAAGCGUUAGCGUCGUACCACUUCAAAACAGCAUUAGCAUGUAUACGUCUCAAGUAUUUAUUAAAUGAAAAACCAAAGCUUGCAGAUGAAUGUCGUAAGGGAUUACUUUGCUAUGGUUGUUUGGAAACAUGGUUGGUAUGGAAGCUUACAGGUGGUAAGACAUUUGCUACGGACGUUAGCUGCGCAAGUGUUACUGGGAUGUAUGAUUCCUUUUCAUGUAAAUGGAGCCAUCCACUGUUGGCUAGUUUAGGAAUACCUCCCAACAUUCUUCCUGAUGUAUAUCCUUCGAGUUAUUAUUAUGGCACUGUUCAAAAUGGCCCGCUGGGGUAUUCAUCCAAUCCUUCUUUGUCUAUUCCUAUCACUGGUAUCAUUGGUGAUGCUCAAGCUGCCACCUUAACAGAAAACUGCUCAUCUCCUUGUCAAGCUAAACUUACAUUAGGCACUGGAAGCUUUUUAAAUUUAAUUUCUGGCACUAAAGCUCUAGCUGUAAUGAGUGGUUUUUAUCCUGUUAUUGGAUGGGCGUCUGGCCAGGCAUACUUUGACUGUAUUCCAAUUUUUGAAAUAAGUUCUACCAGCAGUUCUUCCUCAGAAUCCCCAAUAUCCUUACCAUCUACAUCGAGAUCUGUUCAUCUGGAUAAUCUUACCUAUUUAGUCGAAGGUUUCUAUCCACAUGCUGGUACACUUAUUGAUUGGUUGCAGUCAGAAAAUAUUUUUUGCAAAUAUUCUGAGUUGGAAAAAAUGCUUUAUGAUGGUGAUCAACUUGGGUUGGAUGAAAAAGCUACCCGUGAAAAUAUCUUCUAUAUUCCAUUUCAAGCGAAUUCACUUCAAAAUCAACAAAAUUUAUUAAUAGAUGGAUCAUUAAAAUUAAGUAAAAAAUCAUUUUACGGACCAGAUGGUUUUAUAAUCGGAUUGGAUCGUUCAAAGCCUGCUGACAAACUACUUGUUGCACGUGUUGUUAUUGAGUCGAUUGCAUUUAAUAUAAAAUUUAUGAUAGAAAAUUGUCGUAAACAAACACGUAUUUUUCCUUCUAUUCUUUAUGUCAACGGAAAUGUGUCACGUUCAAAUUGGUUACUACAACGAAUUUCCAAUGCAAUUGGAAUCCCAGUUGAACGCAGAGGUCUUGAAGAGUGUAGUUGUAUAGGUGCAGCCAUUGCUGCUGGUGUUGGUGCAGGUAUAUGGCCAAGUUUCUCCGCAGCAACUGAAGCUUUGCAUACACGUCUUCAAUCAGAAGCUGGUAGUAUUCCGUCUGUCAACCAUAAUUCUGAUAUUGGUCUUGAAAAUAAUAAUAAUUAUAAUAAUAAUAAUGAAAUAUUCAGGAGCUUUACGCCUGAAUCUUCAGAAAUAUGCAAAUCUAUAAAACAGCGUUAUUAUAUUUGGUCACAUUUACGUGUCUCGUAUUCGCACAAAAUACAUUGUGUAAAACUUGUAUAG